GAAAGGCAAAAGUUUUGCAAGUUACAGAACUCUUACGGUUUGCUAGUGGAGGUGGUUGAUGCCUCUGUGCGGCUUCGCCAGCUCCAGCAGCUCGCGAUAAACGCGGGCCUCAGACUAUGUGGAACGAACCAUUUUCUGCGACUUAAUUUCUCCAAACUGUUGGAUAAUCCUGGUCAGUCGGAUGACGCAGAUUCAGUUAAGGCUGUUGGAAGGAAUUACGAUGCAACCCGUGCUAGUUUGAAUGAAGAAGAGCUGAAGAACCGCAGGCUGCAGGUUGGACGCAAGGGCAAGGAUAAAGCUUGUUGGGGCAGAGUGUGGAGCUCUCCCAGGGCAUCUCUGGGGCACCGCAAUGAAGGUGCGGAGCAGUGUUUGCUUCAGGUGAUGGCACCUGCUGUUGGCUUUCUGGCAGUUUCCAGUGUCAUUACCAUGUCAGCCCCUUUCUUUCUGGGGAAAGUUAUUGAUGUUAUUUAUACAAAUCCCAGCGAAGACUUCACCGACAGCCUGACCAGCCUGUGUGCCUUGCUGAGCGGAGUCUUUCUAUGUGGUGCUGCUGCUAAUGCUACUCGUGUCUACCUCAUGCAGACUGCAGGACAAAGAAUUGUGAAACGUUUGAGAACAACCAUGUUCUCCUCUAUUCUGAAGCAAGAAACCGCUUUCUUUGACAAGACCAGAACAGGAGAGCUGAUAAACCGCUUAUCUUCAGAUACAGCCCUCUUGGGCCGUUCAGUGACUGAAAACCUUUCAGAUGGGCUCAGGGCAGGAGCGCAAGCAUCUGUUGGGGUUGGAAUGAUGUUUUUUGUGUCUCCUAGCCUUGCUACAUUUGUUCUGAGCGUUGUGCCACCCUUGGCUGUCCUGGCUGUGAUUUAUGGAAGAUACUUGCGAAAACUUACUAAAGUGACCCAAGAUUCUCUUGCGGAAGCAACACAGUUAGCUGAAGAGCGUAUUGGAAACAUAAGAACAGUUCGAGCUUUUGGGCAAGAAAUGGCUGAAGUGGAGAAGUAUACAAAUAAAGUUGAUUAUGUGCUACAACUGGCUAAAAAAGAGGCACUAGCUCGGGCAGGCUUCUUUGGAGCAACUGGCCUUUCUGGAAACUUAAUUGUCCUCUCAGUCUUAUACAAAGGAGGAUUACUAAUGGGCAGUGCCUACAUGACAGUUGGUGAACUCUCAUCUUUCCUAAUGUAUGCUUUCUGGGUUGGAAUAAGCAUUGGAG